CUAAAAACAAAAGUUAUUUGGUCGCAGAUUCAUAAUGAAAAUUGUGGUUUAUUUUUAUUCAAGAUAAUAUGAUGGUUUAGUGAUAAUUUAACAACCGAUUUCGUAUAUUCGGUAAGAUAACAUUGUAAAAUGUGGAUUCCUACGAAAUCUCCGAAAUUGGCUGUCGCUGUUUACAACUGGAAGGGAGAUGUUCGUUCGGGGUUGCCACUUGAGAUCGGAGAAACAGUGCAAAUAUUGGAAGAGCAUGGAGCUUGGUUUCGUGGCUUCAGCACAAAAAAUAGAUCAGCCUGGGGUAUAUUUCCGGCAUGUGUUGUUUCGAUUCGACCAUGCACCGAAAAAGGAACCGGUGCUUCAGCGAUCGCAGAAUUCAAAGAUGAUCCUCUAGUCCGUGAAAUCGCAUGCGUAUUGAGAGAAUGGGCUCGACUUUGGAAGAAGUUGUAUGUGGAGCGGGAAACGUACAGAUUCAGUGCGGUGGCGAAGGUGAUGCGUGAACUCCUCAGUGGUCGUCGGGCUCUCCUCGCUGGCACCUUGACCCAAGAUCAGACAAGAGCCUUGCGUCUGAAACUGGUCACUAAGCUAGACUGGGGUAACAGAAAGCUCGGACUCGAGCUGGUGCCUCGUCGCGGCGCUGAAGCCGUUGACCCGGAGGACAUAAGCUUAGUCGAGCUUUAUAGAGUACACGCCGAGAGUGCUGAACGAGCUGCAGCAUGGCGUGGAACCUUGCGUCGCGCUGGUGGUUCAGGGAGCAGCUUCAAUUCCGGAACACUCACCAACAAUUCAAACAUAACGGCUCCCCCAGUUCAGUCACACUAUCUGAUAUGCAGUAUGCGCGACUUUGGUCAUACAGCUGGGGGUGAUGAGGCGGAAUUAUUGUUGUGGCUCCACGACGCGAGAAGAGCUCAGCCCUUGUCAGAGAGAUUUAGAGUGCGGAUCGCGAGAGAUGGCUUUUCCAACUAUGUAGACAGGCUGCACGCAAAUAGUACACUUUUUGCAGACCUUUCCAGUACUGACCUAUCUCGUGAGCUGUGGCUCGUGGCGUGGGUCAUCCGUGUGGGGCGAUGGGCGGGGGCAGGAGGUAGUGGUACGGGUGAAAGACGAGGCCCUGUGGCUAGAAGACCCCUCGGGGCUGGGGUGUUGCCACUGUCGGAAUUCCUUAGACAGCCUGAACCGCAAACUAUUGAAAAAGAGUACACAUUCAAGGUGUAUCAAUGUGAAGAGAAGGAUUUCCACCAGUUACAUGAUAUGCUCAUUAGGAAGCAGACUAACAAGUGCAAUAUUUUACCUGGUCAACCAAAUUAUGGUAUAGUGGUAGCUCUUAGACUAAUAACAAACAAUGGCAGUAUCUCGGAAGCGGUUGCCUCGGGUGCUACGGUGACAGCUAAACGGGGAUUCCCUGACGUCAUAAUGCCGGGCGAUGUCCGCAACGACCUGUACCUCACGUUGGAGAGAGCGGAGUUUGAGAGAGGCGGUAAAAGUACGGCGAAGAACGUCCUAGCCACUGUCAGCGUUCAUGACAGCACUGGACAAGUUAUCAACGAUUGCGUGUGGGGUGCUAGCGGAGUCGGUGCCACAUCUUACGAGUCGCUGGUGCUGUACCACAACAACGGGCCCGCGUGGGGGGAGCAGCUGCGCCUCACGGUGCCGCUGGAGACCUUCACACACGCGCACGUGCGCAUCGAGUACAGGCACUGCUCCACGCGCGACAAGAACGAGCGCAAGCUGUUCGGGUUCUCGUUCGCGCGGCUCAUGGAGGCGAGCGGCGCCACGCUGCGGGACGGCGCGCACGACCUCUACGUGUACAAGUGCGACGACCCCUCCAAGUUACUUUCAGGCAGUUACCUAUCCCUACCCUCCUGUGCUAAUGACACUGCUCGCUCUCCAGCUACGAACGGUGUGCUCGCAACAUUCCAACGGAGUACAAAAGAAAACUGUAUUAUUAGCACUUUACUUUGUUCCACGAAGUUGACGCAAAAUGAGGACUUACUAGCGCUGUUACAAUGGCGUGCGAGACCAGAGAAAGUACAAGAAACAUUAUUGCGUGUCUUGCGGUUGGGAGACGGCUUGAGCUGUGAAGAACUGAUCAAGUUCCUAAGAGACGUGCUAGAUGCUUUAUUUGCUUUGUUCUCCACUGAGGAUGGCAAUAGCACACCACAUUCGGGCACAGUUUUCCUUGUCCUGGUGUCAAUCUGUAGUUUGCUUGACGAAACUCGAUUUCAACACUUCCGACCAGUUCUGGACGUUUAUAUUGAGGAGCAUUUUUCGGCUGCUCUCGUCUACAAAGGGCUGCUGUCGUCGGUCCAGCACUGCGCGGAGUGGGCGGCGGGCGCGGAGGGGCAGGAGCCCAUCCGCAAGUGCCUGCGCUCGCUGGGCGCCGUGUUCCGGCUGGCGGUGCGCUCGCGCUGCCUGUUCGCGCGCGCCACGGGCGGCCAGUACGAGGACAGCUUCCGCCGCGACGUGCGCGCCGCGCUGCACGCGCUCAAGGCGCUCGCGCAGCACCCGCACCGCGACCACCUGGCGCCCGCGCAGAUCGCUCUUAUGACAUCUUGGGCGAGCGUAGCGAAGGAAGUGGCGUCAGCUUUAGGACCCGUCGAGGCCGGACGCAUCACUGCGGCCAUGUUGGACGCCCCCGCAGCCAACGCGCCGCCGGCGCUGGCCAAAGCACGACUUUCUGCUGCCCAGGACAUAUUGAAAGGGCCACUCGGACAAGAUCCUGAGGCACGGAACAUCGUUUUAACAACUGCCUGUCAUCAUUUACGCGUACAUCUCGCAAGACGUGACGAAUUAUCUCAAUGCGCUAAUAUGCUUGGAGAAUUAGUCACCUUACUGUGGAAGAAGGAAGACCCCGACCAACCCGUAGACGAGGACGAAUUAGACCCAGACGUAGACGUAUUGUGCUUGAACACUUUGGAUGUAUUAGUUGAAACAGUGCUACAUUUGAUUGGUGGCAAUUCACCUGUAUUGGGUCCGAUGGUGGCCGGCCUGCUGGGCGUGAUGGAGCUACUAAAGCCAGCGCACUACCAACGUCUUUGGAGUCACCUAGCGCCUCACCCACACGACCGGAAACCGCUUAAAGACUUUCUUAUGCGGGCUUUUCUGGUCUUCAGGCAUCUGAUCGAGCAAGAUGUUUUUCCAUCAGACUGGAUGGUAUUACGAGUCCAGAGCUGCAAAGUGUUGCUGUCCGCUUUACAAGAUUUGGCGAAGCCGCUACUCGAGAGAUUCUUAGGAGACGAACCGCCGCAGUUCGAUUCUCAGCUGUGGUCGGGCUACCUGGAGCUGGGCGUGUCACUGGUGACGGCGAGCGCGCUGCAGGCCGAGCAGUGGGCGCGCGGCCCGCAGCGCGCCGCCAUGCGCGCCGCCGCCGCGCUGCACCUGCUCGCCGUCUGGACCAGGCUCGGCUCGGCGCAGCUGCAGCUGAUCGGGCCGGCGGUGGGCGCGCUGCUGGAGGUGACGCUGGUGGGCUCUCUGCGGCGCGCGGCGCUGGGCGCGCUGGUGGCGCUGAUGGCGGCCGAGCGCGCCGCCACGGGCUCCGCGCGCCGCACCGAGGCCGCUCUCGUCGACAAGCUCGACUCGCUCGUCGCCGACAACAAGGCCGACGACCACUACCGCCGCCUCUUCGACACUGUGCUGAUGGAGCGCGUGUCGACGGAGGGCUGGCGCGAGGCGGGCGCCGCCUUCGUGGGCUGCGUGACGCGCCUGCUGGAGCGCCUGCUGGACUACCGCGCCGUCAUGCAGGGCGCCGAGCACCGCGACAAGCGCAUGGCCGCCACCGUCAACCUGCUCAACUUCUACAAAAACGAAAUUGACCGCAAAGAAAUGUAUUUGCGUUACGUUUACAAACUACACGAUCUUCACAUAGCUUCCGAUAACUGGGUUGAAGCUGGUUGUACGCUUUUGCUUUAUGCGGAAACAUUGAAUUGGGAUAGUGAUCAAAUUGGUGUAGAUCCAGAACAUCCUGAAACACCCGAGUGGAAACGUAAGGAGGCGUUGUAUAACCAAGUGCUGCAGUAUUUCGAUCGGGGAAAGUGCUGGGAGAAGGGCCUGCCGCUGCUGCGCGAGCUGGCCACGCUGUACGAGUCCCGGCUGUGCGACUACGCGCGCCUGGCGCACUGCCUGCGCACGCACGCCACCUUCCUCGACUGCGUGCUCGACCAGCUCCGACCCGAGCCCGAGUACUUCCGAGUCGGCUUCUACGGGAAGGGAUGCCCCUUAUUUGUUAGGAAUAAGCAGUUCGUAUAUCGUGGGCUGGACUACGAGCGUAUCGGUGCGUUCACUCAACGGCUGCAGUCUGAAUACGUGUCUGCGCAUAUCCUUAUGCGGAAUACGCCUCCAGAUGACUCGGUCAUCGCAUCUGACGGUCAAUAUAUCCAGAUCUGCAACGUGAAGCCGGUGUCGUCGCGGCGCUCGUGGCCGGGCGGCGCGCCCGAGCCCGUCAAGCGCUUCUACGCCUGCAACGACGUCGACACCUUCCUGUGCGACCGCCCGCUGCACAAGCCGCCCAUUGACAAGGACAACGAGUUCAAGAGUCUAUGGAUCGAACGUACAACACUCGUGACGGAAAACACGCUUCCUGGAAUACUGAGGUGGUCUGAAGUUAUAUCUCGUUCAGUCGAAGAAAUACCUCCAGUCGAAUUCGCCUGUGAAACAAUGGAGGCAACGGAGCGAGAACUGCGUAGCCUCAUAUCCCAAUACACGGCUGAUCCCACACAGAACAUCAAUCCGUUCUCAAUGAGGCUACAAGGCACCAUCGAUGCGAACGUACAAGGCGGUAUCACGAAGUACGAACAAGCCUUCCUCACUGCGGACUUCAGUAGGAAUGCUUCCACGAGGGAAGCAGCCGCUGCGGCUAAGUUGAGGAGGCUCAUUUCUUCGCAGCUUGCUGUAGUGGAAGCGGGGCUCACUUUACAUGGUCGGUUAGCGCCCGAGGAAGUCAAGCCUUUACAUAGGCGAUUAGUAGAGCGGUUUACACAGUUGAGGCAGAACUUGGGACCAGGAUUAGCACGUGCUAGAAGACAGCUAUCCGAAAGUAUAGUAAACACGCCAUUGCCCCCGGUACCAGCAUUGGAUAAAAGAUCGCAUAGUAUUCAACAGAAUGACAGCUAUUAUGAGGAUGGACAUCUAUAUAACAAACCGAUUUAUUCGCUUGAAGAUUCAAUCGAUCAGCAGAGUGGUAUAAUGUCAAACAGUCUUCCGGUGUCUGACAACAGAGACAAUAGGGAUUGUAACGACGAUAAUUCCAUGGUCAAGUCGGCACCUCCUUUGCCGUCUAGACCUAAAUCGGGAGACCCAAGAAGCCCAACUAGACCACCCUUAGAAAAAUAUAGAGAUGUCGUAGACGAAGAGGUAGAAACUCGUCGUCACAGCCGCACGUCGUGGAGUGAGCCCGGGGACGCUCCGCCCUUGCCUCCGAGGGUAUCUGGCGACAAGCGCUCGUGGGGCGAAGCGCCCGCGGUGCCGCGGCGCGCGCGCUGCUCCGAGGAGCGCGACUCCGGCGUCAGCGUCGACGCGCACCUCUACACCAACGCGCCCGAGCGACACGAGCGCCACGAGCGACACGAUCACGAUAUCGACAUUGUUGAAUCGCUUCGUUAUGAAGAAAUAAUCUCAAUGAUGUCUGAACCUUUACACGUCGAUGAGGGCGAGACUCCGCCCCCUAUUCCACCGAAGGGUCUUGGACAUCUCAGCAGCUUCGACUCGGGUCACCACGAAAACGGCGAGUCGCAUUGCUAACAAUUACCACCGACGCGUUAUUUCAGAGACGAUUGGAUUAAGGGCACACUGACACAAUACUUUGUAUUGGACUUUUGAGUUUGAUUUGCGACUUUUUUUAAUAUCAUAAUGCCAUCUUGUCUAAAUAUAUAAUAAAAGAGCAAGACGAAAUUAUCCAAUCACCUUUAUACGAAUCUAAUUACACGUAUGAAUACAUGAACUACGUACAGCAUGUUAUCAAAAUAUACUAUCGGAAUUUAGAGAAAAAAAUAAACAAAAAUAAAAAUAUUUGACCCAAAAAAUACCGUAUGUCAGAUGAAAAGGCAUUUUAUACACAUAUGUAAGGUUCUAUAUACUGCGAGAAACGUAUAAGCCAAUUUCAGAUAUAUUUUUUUAAGUACUAAUUUGUGUCAUUCCUUAUCCAGAAUGAUCUGAAGUAAUGGAUAUUCAGUAACAGAUAAUAUUUUAAAUGACGUGAUUAAUUCAAUGUAUGAUCGUUGUAUAUUUGACAGCAAUAUGUACUUUGAAUAAGUUGAAAAGUAGGUAUAUUUAAUAAUAAUAAAUAAUUAUUAUUCUUAUAGUGACAAAUCAAGUAGAUUCAUAUCUGACAAAUAUAUUCAAUAAAAAGUUUUUUGAUUUGAAUGUGUUAUAAAGUAAUUUAACUAAGCAUAAGAAAUCGAUACUGCGUAUUUUAACGAAAAUAAACUAUCUUCGUUACUAUAUGUUCAUAGACGCCAGUUUUAACUAUGACCAAAAUAUUAUAUUAUUGAAAAACAAUACCUAAAAAUCUACUUGUGUAUAUUCUGUUUCUAGAUACUUUUUUUUUAAAUAUUAAUUGUAUAGCGAAUUGCUAAAGGGUUGUUUCAGUGUGCCAUAUAUCGAAAAUAUUUUUAUUUACAAAGCAACACUUGUGUAUUUUAUUUUUAGUUUCAAUUUUUUAAACGAAUAAUUUAUUAUUAUUAAGUACACGAAAGUACGAAAAUAGGAUCUAUAUUUUUAUAGCCUUAGAUAUUUUAUGUUAGAAGUGCAUGUGUAAUCUUACAAACAUAAUAUUUUUACAUUAAAAAAAGAAAUACUUAGAUGUAUAAAGACGCGCUUAAAAUUUGGUAAAUUAUAAUGCAUUUUAUUGCUAAAAAAAGAUGAUAAAUCAAAAUGCAUGAUGAAAAAAUUGGUACAAUAAAUUAGCGCCUGUUUAAUGCUUAUAGCAAUAUUAGAUUCUGAAUAAAUGCUGCUAAUAUUUAGCGUCUCAAUACUUUCAGUUUUAAAGACGUGUAAAGAGUCUGAAGCUUUUUUCAUAUUGAUGUGCAUAUCAUUUUUAGGGAGUAGUUUAUCAUUAGCUUAAUGUUAUCGAAUGGACGUUGAAAUAGUUAUUCAAUCAUUUCGUUUUUCAUCGGGGCCAUAUGACAGGUGAUAAAUAAUUUAUUCUUGUAGUAAGCAGGUCGCGUUAUCUCGUAAUAGCUAAAGGAACGAGCUUGUCAAGCUUUUCAUUGUUCACGUUUACGUGUGAAUUUGGUGUUUUUAAUUACAUUUCUAUUGUUGUAGAAGCUAUUGUUGAGCUUCAUAAUAAUUUCAAUUUUUUUAACCAAAUAUAUUGAUAUUUUAGUUUAAUAGUAUUUAAAUAAGUACAUGUUAACGGUGAUAAUUAUGUGUCAAAUUAAAUGGGAUAUUUAUUUAUUUUCUUAAAAACUCAUUAGUAUUU